UUUGCUGUUACACGUUUAGGAGAUUAAGAUAAUUUCGAAUUGAGGACUAGGUUACCGUACGCUGACUUGCCGCUGUUUACGUCUACGCCACAUCUGAAUAGAAGAGGCGUAAUGGAACAGCAUUUUGUGUUCUUUGUCUGCGUUGUAUGUAUUUCAAACCUGUGCCGAACAGACGCAGAAGUUCGAGCCACAAACAGCCUCUGCACCAAGGAACUUGGAGGCACGUGCCAGGCCGCCUACCAGAUAUGUCCAGGUCAGAUGUUCGCCCAAAAGGUCAGCACUGGCCAGUGGCUCUGUCCAUCCCGCCUUGAGGUCUGCUGUGUCAAGCCAGUGGCCAAAAUUUUCACUCUCGCUGUUUCAAAGAACCGGACAAUAAACGCAUCAUCCACAUACAAAUGUGGAAAACGGAGGCUUGGUCAGUGGCGGAUAGUUAAUGGUCAGACAGCGUCCAUUGGGGCGUGGCCUUGGCAGGUGUCCAUCAGGUACGGCUACUACCGGAAGCACCACUGUGGAGGAACGCUGGUGGGAGAGAACUGGGUGAUCACUGCGGCACACUGUUUUGAAAGAUCUAACCGACCGGCCUCGUUUUCAGUGCGCCUUGGGGAUCAUCAGCAGGGAAAAAGUGACCAGACAGAGGCAGACAAACUUGUGGAAAAAAUUAUACCGUACCCAUACUACAAAAACGACAACAGCGGGCAGCAUGAUAUCGCGUUGAUCAAAUUGGGCAGCAAAGUCACGUACAGUCCACACAUCAUUCCAGCGUGUCUCCCGGCGCCAACGGACAGCUUUGAAAGUAAUCACGACUGCUGGGUGACGGGGUGGGGAGACACAAAGGGCACAGCAGAUGAUAGCGCAACCCUGCAGGAGGUGAAUGGCAUGGUUUGGAGCGCCACCUAUUGUAACUGGGUGUGGCCAGGAAAAACUGGGCCCGGGACUCUGUGUUUUGGGAACGGCAUAAGUCAGCCUUGCACAGGUGAUUCCGGCGGUCCAAUGGUAUGUCAAAAAAAUGGCGACCAGUUUUACCUGGCAGGAGUGGUGGCGUCUGGCACAGCCAAAUGUAACCAGGCCGGCCUUCCCGCCCUCACCACCAAGGUGACCCACUACAUUGACUGGAUCAGGGCCACCAUGAAGGGCAUGUAACUCACAUGCUGGUUAUU